AUUCCACUAAUAACACUUAAACAGUUUCCAAAUAUAUACUCUGAAAAUGACUUCUUUGUCUUCCUUUAAUAUUAAACUUAGUUUGCUUGUAGUAAUAUUUAUAAGUUGUUUGGUUGUUGAAUAUUCUGCUAGUGAUCUUAAUCAAGAUUUUGGUAUUACGUGGGGAAAUGAUAGGGGAAAAAUACUAAAUAAUGGGGAGCUUCUUACUCUUACACUUGAUAAUACUUCUGGCUCUGGUUUUGAAUCAAAGAAAGAAUACUUGUUUGGUAAAAUUGAUAUGCAAAUCAAAUUGGUCCCUGGGAAUUCUGCUGGCACUGUCACUGCUUACUAUUUGUCAUCACAAGGAUCAAACCAUGAUGAGAUAGACUUUGAGUUUCUUGGGAAUUUGAGUGGAGAGCCAUACACAGUGCAUACAAAUGUGUAUACACAAGGCAAAGGUGAAAGAGAGCAGCAAUUUCAUUUGUGGUUUGAUCCUACUGCAGAUUUCCACACUUACUCUGUCCUUUGGAAUCCACAAACGAUUGUAUUUUCAGUGGACAAUGUCCCAAUAAGAGAAUUCAAGAAUUUGGAAGAUAAAGGUGUGGCAUUUCCAAAAUCCCAACCAAUGAAGUUAUACUCAAGUUUAUGGGAUGCUGAUGAAUGGGCCACAAGGGGUGGUUUAAUCAAGACUGAUUGGAGCAAUGCCCCUUUCUCUGCCUCUUAUAGAAAUUUCAAUGCUCAUACUUGCACUAAUAAUUCUAAUUCUUCUUGCUCAAUUUUAGCAGCAAAAUUGGAUCCUGUGAGUCAAGAAAGAUUAAGAUGGGUGCAGCAAAAGUUUAUGAUAUAUAAUUAUUGUACUGAUACUAAGAGAUUUCCUCAGGGUUUUCCUCUAGAGUGUAGUACCACUUAAUAAUAUGUAGUAACUUAAUUAUGAAAAAAAUUAGAAAUAAAAUAUGUAGAAUAUUUAGUCUAUAUUAAUAGCCUCCUCUCUUUCUGUGGCUUUUAUUUUAUUUUAUUUUCUCCUUAAUUUAUGUUGAGGCUUAGCUUUUGUAGCUAAGUGGUAAGGGAGGAAUGUUGCAAUUCUAUGUUUGUUGUUAUUGAAAGUAUUUGUG